AUUUUUCUAGCAGGUGAAUUUAAAUCGAUCGGUUGACUUGAUCUACUCAGGAAAGAGGAUAUCCAAAGCAACCACCCUCGCCAUAAACUAUCGUAUAUUUAUUUAACCACCUGCGUCCAAACAUAAGGCAUCCCAACCCAUUCAUCUAAGUGUACAAUGAUGGCUAUCUCCGUUGAAGCCACUGUUGGCAUUGUUGCCGUGGUUCUUGCAGCGGUCCCGAUAUGCAUAGCCGGGAUUAAGUAUUGGAAAGCUAGACAUACCCGCGGGCGUUUACAGAAUCACAUACUACCUGUCUACCGCUCCGGGGAUCGGCUUGUGUCGAGAAACCAAGAAACGCCCGGAGUGGUACAAGCGCUCCAAAGGCAAGAUACAUGUUUCUACAAUGCACGAGGCAAGUGUUCCAGUACCGAAUCGAGGCCCCUACUAAUCAGCCCUGAAAGUGACCCCAUUCGGCGCAACGACGUUCUGCCUAACUACGAGCACAACCAUUGCGCGAGCGAGCGUUCAUCAAAUGGUCCACGCUUAAGAUGAAGCUUUUAAUGAGUCAUGUUGGGGCAUAGCGGUUUAGUUUCGAGCAUAGAACAUUGGAUUAUGGAGUUGGGAUACCUAGUUGUGUUAUUGUUUAGAGCGUGGAUAGAUCAAUAUAUUGGUUGAGGGUAUAGUUGUGGUGGGGCGGGAUGAAGUCAC